GAGCCUCUUGGCGCACAAGCCGCGUUGGAGGGGAAAUAAUGAUGCUCCUGCCGGUGCUUGAGCGCUUCGCUGAGCUCGGCUGGCAGCCGUUCGUGGAGCCUGCAGAGACCUUCGAGUUCUUUUCCGUAUCGGGUGUCUUUCGUCGCGCCAAUGUGGACGCUUCACUGCACGGAGGACACUCUGGUGCCCAGCCCCUGGUACAACGCAGCGCACUCUUCGACGUCUGCCUAAAGAGCGGCCUUGCACACCUUGUAGUGGCUUAUAUUCGCGCAGACCAUUCACAGCCCGAAGGCGCCUUCGCUGGAGUUAAGAACUACGUGCUGAAGGAGCCAAUUGCAGUGCAGCAAUGGGCGCGUCGUCGUCUUGAGGCCAUCGAGCAGGACGUGAACGAGAUGGUCAAUGAGCAGCAAUACAGCGGACGCGAAUCGCCUCGCGCAGCCAAACAAGAAGCCGUAGACGAGGGGCUACGACAGCUCAAUGGACUGCGGAUGAUCUUGAUUGCGCUUACAGAGAGGCUUAAAGAAGGCUCUCUCCAGGCGGCGUACAGCUCCAACGGAGUAGAUGCGGACGGCAACGUACUGGACGAGACGGAACUGAUGCGACUAACCACUGCAGGCAUCCAAAACUUGCUGCAAUUGCUGGCUCGCACACAGAGCGUCGCAUGCGCUUGCAACUGCAUGCUGUGGCUUAAUGAGAACGGAAUUGCAGCGGACAACGAGAUGUACAACGCGUUUUACAGCCAAGCGAGGUCACUGCGCGUCACCUACCGUGAACAAUUUGAAGAUAUUUACGGUAAUAAGCUGUCGUCUGUGAGUGGAUUGAAGGAGCCAAUGCUGCUGAUCGAGCACGUCAUGAAGAGCGCGAAUAUCUCGCUGGAAAACCUUGGAGGAAGCUGCCCACCAACGCAGCUCGGACAGCUGCUAGAGCUGCUGCGAACGCCUUCCAUCCAGGAAGACGUGGUGCACUUUUACGGCGAGGAAGUGGAACGUGAGCCUAUUGAAGGAUACUUUCGCGUACAGGUGGCGUUGCUGCUGUAUUUCUGCUUGGACAGAGCGUAUCUGAGUGUAUGGAAGCAGCACACGCAGAGUGGAGCUCGGAUUGCGAACAAAAUGCGCUCAUUGGCUGAUUCUCUUGCGGCGCAGCUGAAUGUGCGUGACGAUAUGAAGUUGACGUUGCUGGCUUUGUGGCUGGUGGAGAACGCUGUCGUGGUCAAGACGUCGGGGGACGACCAGGUGGCGGCCAUAUAUGAACAUGCUAUUAGUCUUCUGCAGCAAUCGAGCGCGAUGCAUCUACAUCAGAAGUAUGAUCUGGAAGCAGAUCUGAUUCUUCAUUUACUUGAGACGUUGGUCCACAGAGGAGAAAGCCUCGUGGCAUGGAAAGUGUGGAACACGUUCGGAGUCGAGCUGGAGCAGUCGCCACCUGCAGCGACCGAGUUGGUUGUGGUCAUUUCGUUGGAAUUGGAUCUGUGGGAACGCGCCUUGUCUAUGAUUCGCAGUCAGAAGCGCUCGGAUUUGCUGGGUUUGCUGUUCAACUGGUUGAUGAAGAGCCAUCGACUGAAGGAGCUGGUUCAGGGAGUGACGUUGCUGCCUGCGGAAGAGAAACUCUUCCACACGUACAUGGUGGAGAGUAAUAUCGUCGAAGACGAGGAUGUGCUUCGAGACGAGAGCAUCAAGCGCGUGGACUUCCUUGUGAUGUACUAUAUUCUCCGAAAUAAGUACGAGCAGGCUUGGGACGUCCAUCACGAACACCUGGCGUUGAUCCGAGAGAUGUCUCGUGGUGACACGGAGAUUGCGAAGGCAGCGUUGAACCAGCCAAGCUUGCGUAUCCGAGCAUCAUUGCUCGCGAACAUGUGCGCUGAGCCUCCUGCAAAGUCGUUCCCGCACCGAAGUAGGCCUCUGCGAUCGGCAAAUCAACGUCGUCACGUUGCCGAGCCAGCUCUAUUGGAGAACGAGGAGAUGGAGGACGCUUCCGAUCACGAAACACCAGCAUCUCCAGCACCUACACAAGCGAAGCCAAGUGCCACUGAGUUGGAGAUGAGCGAUAUUACGCCGACUGCAAGUCCCUUUGUCUCGACACGGACGGAGCAUUCAACACACUACCAGGAAAUGGCAGAAGCUGGUGAGUUCGACUAUUCCCCAGGCAUCUUCUCGUCUCGACAAGGCUCAAGUGUCACAACACGAUCUGUUGAGUCCCCUACACCGCUUAUAGCUGACAAGAAGUCGCCGACACCAACCAAAGGGAAAGGAAAGGGAAAAACUAGUGCAGACGUCAGCAUCGGGUCCAUCGACUCGAGCUCAGACUUGUCCUUGCAUGCGCUCACCCGGCCGAGCCCUGUCGAGACGACAUCCACCGGUACUGCAUCCCGCGGCAUUGCUCGCCAAGCCCUUAAUUUCGGAUCGUCCCCUGCAAAGCCUUCCAGCGCUCCCUCUACCCCGUUGCAGCCUCUCGUCUCCCCGCUUGGCGAUCGUCGUCCGCUUGGCACGCCGCCAGUUCGGUCCAAGAUCAAUCCUACCUUCGCUACCACCUCUUUAGCGUCGCCCACUCCGAAACCUGCAGGCUCGCCAGAUGGUUACUCAUUAAGGCCCCAUAGUGCUGACAGUAUGAGCGACGAUAACUCUCCAAUUGAGUCACAGGAAUCCGAAGAUUCAACACCUGAUGUUCCUGAGAACCGCGCCGUGCAACAGGCUACGACGCCGCCUCCAGAGAAUACCGACAACUCGGCUGCGCUAGAGACUCCGAAGCGGUAUCAAUUUGUGCGAGAGCCGUCGACAGAUUCGCGUCUUGAAGUAGCACACUCAGAUUCAGACCAGCCAAUGUCACCGGCGACGGAGGAACUGGAAGAAGGCAUGGAGCUGGAGCGUAUCGACGAAGAGUUUAGCACACCGAUCUCUCGUUCAAGAGAGCGACGGAAGGACCCUGCCAGCGUUCCUGUGCGUCGCAAUCCGCGACGAUCGGCACGCCACGUGUACUAA